GGGGUGGGGCUCGAGCACACACAGAUGGACAGCGUUCAUGGGACGAAGACGGUGCGCCUCCAGCGCAAGAAGACUGGACUAGACUUCAGCGUGAAGGGUGGAAAAGAGCACGGCAUUCCCAUCGUAGUAUCGUGGAUCAAGCCUAACGGAGCGGCAGCAAAGCAGCUACGACUGGGAGAUGUGAUUCUGGCCGUGAACGGCCACUCCCUGCAGGGAGCUAGCCACGGAGAGGCCGUUCAGCGACUGAAACAAGCCGGGUCAACUGUUCUCCUCAGAAUAAAACCAAACCAAGUCCUUCAAGAUGUGUUUUUCGAUGAAUGGAGAAGGUCCUCCUCCAGAGACAGAGGGAGAGGCAGACAUUGUAGCUGACUCCCUCGAGCCAGGCCAAGUUCAUGAGGGACCACUGCCACCAGGCUGGGAGAGAAAGACUGACGUACGCACUGGCAGACCCUACUAUGAAAAUCAUCAUACAGAGACGACGUCGUGGAUUGACCCUCGCUCACUGAGACCAGUCCCUCUGGAGGACUUCCACUGGAAGACUCUGCCUCCAUCCUGGGAGAGACAACUGACUGAUAGUGGCGACGUCUACUAUGUCUGUCACGACACCCAGACCACACACUGGGACAGCCCCAGGGGGCUCCGACUGAUCAAACAACUGAAGGAGCUGACUGCCUUUCUACAACAUCAGAAACAUCUUAUAAAGGAAAAAGAAGAGGAAUUGACGAAAAAGAGAGAACUUCUUCUUGAGAAGAACACGACACUUGCAUCUCUACCCACCUCCUCACAGCAAGUGACAACUGUCGACACACUCCAAUUGGAGCCCACUGAACCCAUCGACAUUGAGGAAGAAGGGGUGGAGCCUGGGUUGAGUGUGGGGGAAUCCCCCGACGAUGUAAUCAAUGACAUCAUGUCACUAAAUGAGGAAGUUGAAGUGAUGAACGACGAAGUGUCCGUUGUUCGCAGUCAACUGAAGAAACUGGCCGACAUUGUUGGCCACGCCCAGUACGAGGAUAUCGGGGAAGAAGACGAACAUGAAGCAGCUGCAAAACUCUCAGUAGAUCUAUCAUCUGAGUACCUCCAUUUCAAGUCAGUGGAAUCGAAACUCCACGAGAUUAUCCAAUCGUUGGAGGAGCUGCGGCAGAAACGAGGUUUCUCCAGUACACCUCUCCCCUACAUGAUGCAGCUGCCGCCACUGAGGGUGGGGGAGGGGGCGGGGCAGGAGGCGUGGCUUCACACCCUGCCAGACAGGCUGACAGGGAAGACAAACUGUGAGAUGAGAGUUGAGAGAUGUCUCCUACGAGAGAUGAUAAAGUACACUGAGGAACUGCAACAGAGACUAGCUACCAUGUAUGGUCGUGCGAUGACAUCACACGGAAGUGGGUGGAGUCAAGUUCUGGAGGAGCUGUCGGCUCUGGACUUCACACCUCUCCAGGACCAGUGGCUCCUGGAAGGAUCGUCCCUCCAGGAAAAGCUGGACAAAUUUGUUCCUCAAGACUGAGUUCCCAGCCAAUAGUCGCCAGCUUGUGUGCCACUCUCACUAUUAUGUUAGUAAUAAUUGUUCCUGUCAACCAAAUCACAGAUGAUAUAUAUGAUGAUAUAAAAACUCACAAACAAACGAAAUAAGUGUAGUUUGCAAUUACUACGUGUCGUCUUGUAGUAAAGGAAGUAGAGAGCCGCGGCGAGGACGAUUAGGUGCAGGGGGAGCAGCGAACUCCACUGCACUCUGAGUUCUGAGAAGCUGCCACCUCUUUCCCGACUUUCUCCUCCCCGAGGGACGUGUGUGUGCCUGAAUCCAACUGUUGAAGAAGUCAAUUUUGUUGUGUAUUGCCUCACUCCUUUUGAGUGGGGGGUGGACGGGUAAGGAGGGGGAUGUGGGCACCGGGCUCUCGCUCUUUCGCCGGACCUCUCUCCCUCUCCUCCCCUCCUCCUCCUCCACCUCGAAAUCAUUCUGACUUGCCUCGCUGAGAUCAGACAACUUUCUGUGGAUAUAGUCGUCGUCGUCUCUGGAAACCUCUGACAUCUUAGUCCCGCUGUCAACGCUGCGAUUCGAACAGUCCGAUAUCUUUCUCGCAGGAGAAUUAUCGGGUGUGUCUUCGGCGCAGUCGGAUCCUUCUUCCCCUCCUCCGUCUUCCUCCAACUCCACUCUCAGUCCUCCUCCUCCGACCGUCAGCAAUCGCGGUUGCACCGUCUCCCCCUUCCUCCUCAUCUCACGCCAACUCUUAAAGUAAUGCCUCUCCUCUUUCCUUCUCUGUCUCCGUUUCUCUUCUCCCUCUUGGUCGGACAUCUCGCUCCCCUCGAAGCUGCUAUACAGCGAAUCCUCUGCCGCUUCUUCUCUCAGUGGGCUCAUAGUCGAUAGAGAAUCGCGGUCGCUUCUCUCUCUCCUGAUUUCCUGAAGAGAACUUUUCCCUAAAUGACUGGUGAUUGGACACCUCAACGAAAACGAGCUACCCUCGGGUGUGGCUGAGCUUGUCAGGUCUGGUUUUUUAUUUGUUGUUUCGAUUGGCGACUGAGGCUGUGAUAGUGUCACCGGGGGGAGAGAGAGAAAAGGGCUUUCGGGCGUUACAGAUCGAUCGCUGAAGUUUCCAAUCUCGUCCAGGGAUCUUCCUUUCAGGAGCACCUUUGUUAGUCCUCUCCUUCCUGGCUGCGUCGACUCCCCGGCUUCCCUGUGGAUGGGGGAGGAGUUUGUCGAUGCCGCGGUGACCGAAAUAUCGGGCACCGGGACAAGAAGCCGCUGUCCCGGGCCGUCGUCCCCUAUACCGAUGUCUGGAAUCACCGUGGAAGCCGUGUCGUCUCCGCCACGUGACUGAAGAGUCGAAGAAGAGCUGGUAGAAGAUGAACACGACAGAGGUCUUCGAGGGGGAAUUAUUGCAGGGACUUCUGGGUCGUCUUGGCUUAGAGUCGGCACGGUCAGAAGUGAGGCAAAUUUCGCAGCUGGGCUCGGCGGCGGGGAGGAGCGACGUGCUCCGAUCGACAGAAAAGGGGUGGGGUGGGUACAGAGGUCGUACCCCGGUACCAGAUCCUCUGAGAAUGGAACGGUGACGGGUGUGGGUUUUGACUUGGCCGAGUUCUCCAGGAGAAAGUAGCAGGGGAUGGGAUCGGGGACAUUCUUGAACUCCAUGGAUCCACGGUAGGUGAACGAGAACUGGGGGUUGUGUUUCAGAGGCUGGAUGGAAGAGAGAAAUCGCGGCAGAUGAAAAGAUGGAAAGUUAGAGUGUUAUCUGACCACUUUUGUUUAAAUCAGGAAACAUAUUCUUGGUGGGCGAGCGGAGUGCAAGCCUAUGUCAACAGAAUAGGAGCUGCAUGUGCAAGGGAAGUUAUCAUGUGACAGCAUUGGAAUAAUGACGCACUUCUGAUGACUACAUAGGCCUAUUUCACUUGAUUGCAGAACAAGAAAAUAAGUUUUUAUGGCAUUCGUUGUGUUAGUGCCUUGCAAUUAUAUGUGAGUUGAAAUUGGAGAGAUAUAGAGUUGAUGAGGUGGGAAAGUUGAGCAGGGACAGCAUGUAGAGGAAAGGGCGUGUAGAGAAAGAAGAGAGGGUGAGG